AUGUCCCCUUCAGGCCCUUUCCAAGUCACUGUUCAUCCCUUCGAGUCUAAGUGUCGAAGCUCGGCCGCCUAUGAAAUUGGUCUCACUUCAGCUCCCAACGCCAUUGUCUUCAUCGGUGGGCUUACAGAUGGACCUCACACUGUUCCUUAUACCCGGCUUCUAGCCCAGCGUCUGGAGGAAGCAAAGGAUUUGGGCUUCUCUGUUAUCGAGUUCCGCAUGAGGAGCUCUUUCUCGGGUUUUGGCACCUCGAGCCUCCCCAACGACGUUGAAGAUAUUUCUGCUUUGGUCAAGUAUCUACGAGGAAUCGGCAAGGAAAAGAUCGUCCUAUUUGGUUCCUCGACUGGCUGCCAGGACUGCAUCGAGUAUGCCAACUAUGCCAAGCACAACAACGAACCUGUCGAUGGCUUCGUUAUGCAAGGUCCGGUAUCGGAUCGUGAGACGCUUGAUUUGAUCUUCCCGGACCCUCAGCCGAGUCUUGAUCUCGCCGCAAAGAUGAUUUCUGAGGGUAAAGGCGGUGAUUGUAUGCCUUUUGACAUGAUUCCGGCUGUUCUGGGAGCUCCCAUUUCGGCGUAUCGGUUCCAGUCCUUGGCGAGCAAAGGCGGCGACGAUGACUACUUUUCAUCAGACUUGCCCGAUGAUGUCGUUGAAAGGAACUGGUCUCGGUUCAACAAGCCAGUGCUGGUUCUCCAUUCUGCUGAGGACGAGUUCGUCCCAGAGCGCAUCGACCAGGCUGCGAGCAACAAAAAGUAUAAGGCGUUGAACCCGGCCGUCAGUCGGUUAUCGGGGCUGAUUCCUGGCGCAAGCCACACCGUUGAUCAACCCCCAGCGCAGGAGUGGCUUUCCAAGACGGUUAUCGAGUGGUUGAAAACCGAAGUCACUUCUUGUGCUUGA